UUUCACUUCCUCUUUGGGACUUCAGAAUUGGUCUGUCCUCCCCCGGGGUGGAAUCAGUCAGGCCUCGAGAGAAGUCUGGGACUGCCACGCCCGUGCUUGCCAGGGCCACCGUGUGCCAGGAAUUGAUGCAGAUCCCUUCAACCCGCCCCCUCCCUGCUGCCCGUAGUGACCGAGCCGAGCGUGUGCCCUGCCCCCCUUUGGGCGACAUGCUGCUGUGGACAGCUCUGCUCUUCUUGGGUCCAGUCGUUGGGACACCUGGUCUCCCGAAGGCUGUGGUGGACCUGGAGCCCCCGUGGAUCCUCGUGCUCCGGGAGGACGACGUGACUCUGAAGUGCCAGGGGGCCCACACAGCCGGGGACCACUCCAUCCGGUGGUUCCAUAAUGGGAGCUCCAUCCCCACGCAGGUCCGGCCCAACUACAGCUUUAAGGCCACGGAGAAGGAUAGAGGGGAGUACGCGUGCCAGACGGACCAGACCAGCCUCAGUGACCCCGUGUAUCUGGAUGUGUUUUCCGACUGGCUGGUGCUCCAGACCCCUAGCCUGGUGUUCCAGAAGGGGGAGCCCAUCGUGCUGAGGUGCCACAGCUGGAGGAACAAGCCUCUGUACAAGAUCACGUUCUUCCAGAAUGGAAAAUCCAAGCAGUUUUCCCCCAUGAAUUCCACCUUCUCCAUCCCACGGGCAAACCUCAGUCACAGCGGCGAGUACCAUUGCACAGGACUGAUAGGGAAGAGUCUGCAGGCGUCACAGCCCGUGGCCAUCACCGUCCAAGGGUCCAGUUGGAGCGACUCCUCAGUGACGGUGAUGAUUGCGGUCGCGGUCGCUGGCAUUGCUGCCGUGGCCAUCCUUGCUGCCGUUGUGGCCUGGUUCCGCCACAGGCAAAAGCAGACUUCAGGAUACCCUGAGCACAGGGAAAUGGGAGAGACCCUCCCUGAGGAACCAGGUGAGUGCAGCUCCCCGCCUGGGGGCCUGAGGUGCCCUGCCUGGGGCUGCCAGGUGGAUUGGAGUCAGCAGGAAGCGGCUUGUCCAAUCUCACGGAUGCUGAAGAUGCAGCCAAAGUUGAGGCUGAGAAUGCCAUCACCUAUUCACUUCUCUUGCACCCGGAAGCCAUAGAGGAAGACGCAGAGGACCCGGAUUACCAGAACCACAUUUAAUCUCCAUUGUCUUGCCUGAGACCCGGGGAGGAGAAUCAGAGGGGCCAGAAUCAGAGAAUCAGAAUUCCUGCCUGGCCUGAACUCCCCUUGGGGAGGACAAUGAGGAUGCUGCGGUUCCAAAGAAGGAGAAGGACUCUUCCAGAGCGACCUGUGUGAAUCCUGAAGCUCCCUGUCCUCAAAGACAAUACGGCCCCAGAUAACUGACUGUAGUGAGUCCUUCUGCGUCUCUGUCCUUCUCACCAUCGAGACUCUUCUGCAUACAUCCACACGGCAGAUAAAAAAUUACAUUUGUUAAGAGAUUGUAGCAACAUGGGAAAUAUUUAUGUCACAGGGCACAUGAGAAACAUUACGGAAGUAUGUACAAUUUCAGAAAUGA